ACGAAUGCACCCACAUGUGCACAUACUGUAGUCAAAGGAACACAUCCUUUGUAUCUAUAGAAAUCUUGUGAUCUAUGGUAGAGAGCUCGCAUGAUUAUGCUGGUACUUUUGUCAUCGACUGUACGCGGGUAUUUAGCAAUUCGAUUGACAGAGGUAGACAGUACUGGCAGGAGCAGGUAGAAGGAAGACAAUUAUCCGACAGUAUUUAUUGUGCUCUUUCACAGUAUGGUUACGCGAUUAGUGCCGGUCUCCGCAAGUAUAGUAAAAUAAAAUUGUUUCGUGAUGGUAAUCGUCAUCAGAUAUAUAAAUGACAGGCAAUAAGUUAUUACCCGAGCGAAUUGCGAUAAAUUAAGAUGUCCCAAAGAAAAUAUACCAAUAUAACAGGAAGAUUGGACGGAAAACGUUCGAAAAAACUCAUGUCAUCUUCCAGUUUGUCUGGUAUGUUACAGUUAUCCAGUAACAACGAAGAAACAUUAGAGGCCUUGGUACAUAAAUCUCACAAACCUGAUAAUUUAGAAAACACAACGAACCCAAGAAAUGCAAUAAACAACGAAUGGUUAUUGAAUGGACCAAAUGGAAGCAAGAUACCCAUUUUACGCUUUAAAUGUUCUGCUUUAGCCAUGCCACCAGAAAACCCACCUGCGAAACAGCUACAUAUGACUUAUAAGAUCUUGCAAACUGACACUAAACUCAUCAAUCUUCUAUUGCAAUCACAUGGUUUAAUAGAGGUACCUAUGAAUGAAACAGAUUUUAACAUAUUAUGGAUGGGAAGUCAUCCAAAACCGGACGUUUUGCGAAAUUUGAUGCCUUAUCAAAAAAUAAACCAUUUUCCUAGGUCUUACGAGAUUACCCGAAAAGAUCGUCUUUAUAAAAAUAUCGAAGCUAUGCAAAGGAGUAAGGGCCUUCGAAAUCUCGAUUUUAUACCUCAAACAUUUUUACUGCCUACAGAAGCCAGAGAGUUGAUUUCGGCGCAUUUCAGAUAUAGAGGGCCUUGGAUCGUUAAGCCUAAAGCCAGUUCGCGAGGUCGUGGCAUUUACAUUGUCAAUAAUCCUGAGAAGAUCCUAACAGAUGAAUCGGUUAUUGUGGCGCAAUACAUAAAUAAUCCACUUUUAAUCGAUGGACAUAAAUGCGAUUUACGUCUUUACGUGGCUGUAACGAAUUACGAUCCCCUAUUAAUUUAUUUAUAUGAGGAAGGUUUAGUGAGAUUUGCCGCUGUUAAAUAUGAUGGCGGAAGUGAAUAUGUUUGGAAUCCUUGCAUGCAUCUUUGCAACUAUAGUAUAAACAAAUUCCAUGUGGAUUAUGUAAAAAGUGAAGAUCCUGAUGCCGAGGAUGUAGGACAUAAAUGGACAUUGUCGGCAUUACUUAGGCAUUUACGCUCAAUGGGUCAAGAUACGGAAUCGCUUAUGCAGCGAAUAGAAGAUAUUAUUAUAAAGUCGAUUCUUGCUACUGCAUCUGGAAUCGUCAGCGGUUUAAAGCAAUUCGUGAAAUAUCCCGAGACAUGUUUCGAGCUAUUUGGCUUCGAUAUACUGAUUGACGAUAUGCUGAAGCCGUGGCUAUUGGAAGUAAAUUUAACCCCCUCGUUGGGAUGUGAUUCACCACUAGAUGUUAGACUCAAGUCAGCUUUAAUGACAGAUUUGCUUACUCUCGUUGGCAUAGCUGCUGUCGAUCCAAUUCUGCGCUCUCAAAAUUUAAGUCGUGCUGCCAUAAAUUCCGAUAAAAAGAUAACUAAUUAUAGAAGAGUGCAAUCUGCGGAAACAUUACCUCAAGGAAGGAAGAAUAUUAGAACUAAUAAAAGUAAAGCAGGUUUAAAUUUAGAGCAACAACGAAUAGUAGCGUCUGCAAAAGCACAAUUUGAGAGAAGAGGCGGAUUUGUUAGGAUAUUUCCAAGUCCGAAAUCUUGGGAAAUCUACUCACAGUACUUAGAUCCAAUUACAGGUGCACCAAUGAUAUCAGAUCCGCUAGGUCCAAGGAGAUUACCACAACACAUUAAUACGAACCAUAAUCUAAUGUUGCAUGAACAAUUGUUUCCUGCAGCUAAUCGUAUUACUGGCUAUAUUAUUUCAGAAGUUACAUUAGAUAGAUUAUCUAGGUAUGAAAGAUAUGAAAGAGCGUUGAUGAAAGGCUACAAACAGAGCUUGAACAGUGUGAAUAACAAAGAAAAUGUAGAUAUAGAUAUACAUAAAUAUAAAAGCCAAGUAAUGCAAUUAAUGCAAGAAGGCAGUAAGCUUAGUUCUGGUGAAGCGAGGAAAGCCUUUGGUUUAUAUCUAGGUUACAUAUUAAGGAAAAUAUCACAGCCUAACGCAGAUCCAGGAUGUUGCGAUCUUGUUAUGAAGUUUCUCCAACAUUCAUCUUGCAGUUUGAGAACACCAUUUUUAUUUACGUUACCAUGCAGUAAGUUAAGCGAUAAAGACCGAGCUGCUGUCACUGCAAAGCAACUUUCCGAUUUUUUACAUCUGUAUAACAGAGAAACAGAUCUUUACGAAGACACCGUAGAUCGGCCUCAUACUGUUCCUAAUGAACUCUUCCAAAAGUUUUUAGCUGCUGCGAGCGAACAAGAUCUUGAUGAUGUGCUAAUACUGCAAACUCGUCUUUAUAAGUGCGCUCACAGUUUCUUGGGAAGAAAUGGCUUCGCUGGCAAUCUACGCGGUGCAAAUCUUCUUGGAUUUUUACCGCAUAUUACAUCGCGAGUGUAUUCCAAUGCUGCUGCAACAGAACAGUGCAGAUGUAAUAUUUCAAUCAAUAGGUAAUUUAAUUAUUACAUUUAACGAAUUUAUUAUAUAUUUUG